AUGCAGGCGUCAACACAUUUAAUCAAAGGAAAUUUAGGCUUUGAGCUUUCAAAACAGACAGUUUUACCUUGUUUUGGUAAAGUUACGGAACGGAAUUUAACUUUGAAUCGUAAUCUUUGGAUCCGAAGUGGUUCCAUUUGCAGCGGUUUAAACUCCGGUGCCGUUUCAAUGGGAACUGAGCUCGCACGUGCCAGAAAUGGCAUCGAAACUGUCGUUCGCUCUUCGGUCAAAUCUCGAUCGGUCAAAGCCCAGGUUGUCAGCACACUCCUUGCUGGUGCCACUGUUGGUUCAUUUACUGGGGGAGAACUAGCAAACAAGUUUGGCUGGACAAGGACUUUUCAAUUAAAUGCUAUCCCUCUUACUAUUGAAGCUGUUCUUACUUUGUAUAAUUUCAUUAACUAUCACCUUGUCUACUGUCAUAGAAAACUAAUUCUUCAAAAUGCCUUAAAUGUUUUCAGUGAUACGGCCCAGACUGUCCAGACUAUGAUAAUUGGCCACUUACCAGCUAGUGUUGGUAUUGGUAUAUCAUCUGCUAUUGUUCCACUUUGCAUAUCUGAGAUCUCACCAACUGAAAUCCGUGGUGCCCUUGGAUCUAUAAACCAACUUUUUAUAUGUAUUGGGAUUCUGGCAGCGUUGGUGGCUGGAUUACCUAUAGUUGGAAACCCGCUAUGGUGGAGGACAAUGUUUGGUAUUGCUGCUGUCCCUUCCAUUUUAUUGGCACUAAGAAUGGCUUUUUCCCUAGAAAGUCCUCGGUGGCUUUUUCAGCAAGGGAAAAUUCCUGAAGCUGAAAAAUCUGUAAGAACAUUAAAUGGAAAGGAAAGAGUUGCUGAGGUUAUGUAUGAGUUAAGAACUGCAGGUCAGGGUUCGACAAAACAAGAAUAUAUUGGAGUUGAGUAUGGAAAAGGUUUUGAGACUUUGAGGCUGGACGGGCCUUUAAAGGUUGAUGUGGAUUACUUGAAUGAUAGAUUACAAGAAGGUUUUCUUAAGCGAAUUCACUAUACCGUGAAACCAAAUGAAGCAUAUGGUCUAAUGUGGUGGGUGGUAAAUGAUGCUCUUGAAUAUCUAUCUAAGGAUCUGGGGAUUGCUGAAAAUACUGUCAUGCAAGGUGGAGGACAAUGUUUGGUAUUGCUGCUGUCCCAUCUAUUUUAUUGCCGCUAGGAAUGGCUUUGUCCCCAGAAAGUCCUCGAUGCCUGUUUCAAGUUUCUUAUUGGACUACUCAGUCUCUUUAUUUUGCAUUUCUAUUCAUCUCACAUC